AUGCCCUCUUCCACCACUAUCACUCCCUUGCAGACAUCUCCCUCCUCUACUCUCUCCCAUGACUUCUCUCCUGAGACUACUCCUCCUUUCAGCCAUGUUGCUUCUGCAGACUCUACGGCGCAACGCGACCCUCGGAAGCGUUCGCCGCCCGCGGAUCCAGAGACGGCGCUCAAGCGCCAGCGUAACAACAUCGCUGCUAAGAAGUACCGUCAGAAGAAGAUUGACCGCAUCGAUGAGCUGGAGGCCGAGUUGAAAGAUGUCAAGGAUGAGCGAGACGAUCUCAAGAUUCGUCUCGCCCGUCAGGAGGCCGAGGUUGCCGCCCUGAAGAGUAUGUUCAAGAUGAGAGCUGGUAUAGAAUGA